GGCCCUUGGAAGUUUUGAUUCACAUAAGCCACCCCUGGCGGGUGCGUCCUGGGGGGUGCAAUAAACGUGUUUUACUGCAGGCGGACCAUGUUCGGUCCGGAAACUGCAGAAGCUCCUACUUUUUUUUUAUAUGCCAUGGUAACGAGAGUGUGUGGGGGGAGAAUAAGGUCAAAGAAGCUUCACGCAACGGGCAUAGCUCCUUCCUUUUCGUUGCAAUCUUGAUAGACCAUGUCUCUUGUCGUCCCCGAGAAAAAUCACUUCCAACACAUUCUCCGUCUUUUGAACACCAACGUUGACGGUCGUGUCAAGAUUCAAAUUGCUUUGACUUCCAUCAAGGGUGUUGGUCGUCGUUUCGCCAACAUUGCCUGCAAGAAGGCCGAUGUUGAUCUUACCAAGAGAGCUGGUGAACUUUCUAGCGAAGAAUUGGAACGUAUCGUCACUGUUCUCCAAAACCCCACUCAAUACAAGAUCCCCACUUGGUUCCUUAACAGACAAAAGGAUAUUGUUGACGGCAAGUCCACUCAAGUCAUUUCCAACGUUCUUGACACCAAGUACCGUGAAGAUCUUGAACGCUUAAAGAAGAUCCGUGCUCACCGUGGUCUCCGUCACUUCUGGGGCGUUCGUGUCCGUGGUCAACACACCAAGACUACCGGUCGUCGUGGACGUACUGUUGGUGUCUCCAAGAAGAAAUAAACAUCUUUUGUGUCUUUUUGGCAUCCAUUUGAAU